AUGUCGACUCCGAACCGGCGGCAAAGUGCGCCUGGAACACCGAGCGCUAAACCUGUGUUCAAGUCCGCCUUCAGCGUGAAGAAAUCUGGCGACAUCAUCCUUCAAGCGGGAGACCGCUCUGCCGAGUGCUUCUACUUUCGCCUAGGCCUCCUCAAGGAGUUAUCUUCCUUCUUCCAGACCCUCCCUCCCCCAUCCUCGUCGGAUUUCCACGACGGAACACCUCUCAUCCCCCUCCACGAAGCAUCCAGUGAUGGUCUUCUGCUCUUCCUCCUCGCCAUCAAAUCCACCACUACCUCGGAACUCUUGCAAUACCCAGAACACCUACUCGAGUACGGUGUCCAGCCCGUCUGCGACGCGGCGGUCAUCGGGCGGACAUAUGACACUCCCAUCAUCUACAAACUCCUCGUUGAGUGUAUCCAGCAGGACUGGCCUCGGGAUUACUACCUGGAGUAUGCGAUCUGGGCUAUCGGGGACGUCCGGUCUAGAUUACCAGUCGCUGCUGGCAAUACCAUACGGGAGGACGCGGGGGACAUCACCGAGAUCGACGAGUACAUCACCGACUUGUGCAGGUCGUAUGCUCCUCGCCACUGGCUCCAACUGCAAGACUUCCACCUCCGCCAGCUGCAGGCUCCGGCCCGGUUCCGCCGGAUACUGGGGAAUGAUACCUCCAUGCUUCUCCCGUACGAGUAUCACAAUCAUACCCAGGUGGCGAAAUGCUCGGAGGCGGAUCAGGAUCAGGCACAGAGGGUCUGGAACCUGAUAAGCGAGGCGGGGACGAUGAAGGAGGUGGAGGAUUUAAGGGAGAACGGGUACGGCUUGAAGUGCGAGGUGUGCCGGACGGAGGCGAGGCAGCGCUGUGCGAGUGCCUUUAGGUGGCUGGAUGGGUUUACGGGACAUUUUACUGUCAAGGCUGGCUAG